UGGAGACAAGUGGUGAAAGGCGGUUGUGAAGGUACUGCCAUAAACAGAGCGCGGACUGCGCCUUUAAGAAGUGCAAAUCGAAACAGUAAAGCAUUCGCGUUGUCAAUGUACUAACAAUGAAUUUAAUCGAUAUGGUCUUGAUACAACUCUUGCUGUUGUUUAAUUGCAUAUGGAAUAUUAAAGGUCAGUAUGGAAACCCUCUGAACAAGUACAUCCGCCACUAUGAGGGCCUGUCUUACGACACCGAGGCCCUGCACAGCAACCACCAGAGAGCCAAGAGGGCCGUCUCCCACGAGGACAAGGUCCUGCAGCUUGACUUCCACGCACAUGGAAGGCAUUUCAAUCUGCGGAUGAAGAGGGACACCAGCCUGUUCUCUCCAGACCUCAAGGUAGAGGUAUCAGGAGUGGAGGCGCCCUACGACCCCUCCCACAUUUACACUGGAGAAAUCUUCGGUGAGAAGGGCACUCUGACCCACGGCUCGGUGGUGGACGGCAGGUUUGAAGGCUUCAUCCAGACCCACCAGGGCAUGUACUACGUGGAGCCCUCGGAGAGGUACCUCAGAGACAAGGACGUGCCCUACCACUCAGUCAUCUACCACGAGGGGGACAUCAAUUACCCUCAUAAGUAUGGCUCAGAGGGGGGCUGUGCUGACCACUCAGUGUUUGAAAGGAUGAAGAAGUACCAGGCCUCGGCUAUGGAGGAGCCUCUCAAGGAUACCAGCAGUGUGGUGGAGGAAGAGGAGAGGUCCCAUGGACAUGGUCCGGUGAUCCUGAGGAAGAAGAGAGCAGCUCAGAUAGAGAAGAACACCUGCCAGCUCUUCAUCCAGACUGACCACCUCUUCUUCAAGUACUACGGCACCAGAGAGGCUGUCAUCGCACAGAUCUCCAGCCAUGUAAAGGCCAUUGACUCCAUCUACCAGGGUACUGACUUCCUGGGCAUCCGCAACAUCAGCUUCAUGGUCAAAAGGAUCAGGAUAAACACGACCAGUGAUGAGCGGGACACCACCAAUCCGUUCCGCUUUGCUAACAUCGGGGUGGAGAAGUUCCUGGAGCUCAACUCAGAACAGAACCAUGAUGACUAUUGCCUGGCCUACGUCUUCAGCGACAGGGACUUUGACGACGGGGUGCUGGGCCUGGCCUGGGUCGGAGCUCCUGCAGGGAGCUCCGGAGGUAUCUGUGAGAAGAGUAAGUUGUACUCUGAUGGGAAGAAGAAGUCUCUGAACACAGGCAUCAUCACGGUGCAGAACUACGCCUCCCACGUCCCCCCCAAGGUCUCCCACAUCACCUUCGCACACGAGGUUGGACACAACUUUGGCUCUCCGCAUGACUCUGGGACAGAGUGCACCCCAGGAGAGUCCAAGGCCCAGGAGAAGAAGGAGCAGGGGAACUACAUCAUGUACGCCCGGGCCACGUCAGGGGACAAGCUCAACAACAACAAGUUCUCCAUCUGCAGCGUGAGGAACAUCAGCCAGGUCCUGGAGAAGAAGAGGGGCAACUGCUUUGUGGAGUCUGGCCAGCCCAUCUGUGGUAACGGUCUGGUGGAGGCAGGGGAGCAGUGUGACUGUGGUUACAGUGACCAGUGUAAAGACGAGUGCUGCUACAACGCCAACGAGGCCGACGGCAACAAGUGCAAACUCAAGCCCGGCAAAAUCUGCAGUCCCAGCCAGGGUCCAUGCUGUACACCUACAUGCAACUUCAAGGGCUCCAAUGAUAAGUGUAGGGAUGAGUCAGAGUGUGCUGAACAGGGCAUGUGUAACGGAGGCACUGUCCAGUGCCCCACCUCUGAACCCAAAGCCAACUUCACCGCCUGCCAUGGAGAGACACAAGUCUGCCUCAACGGGGGCUGCUCUGGCUCCAUCUGUGAGAAGUAUAGUCUGGAGGUGUGUACCUGCGCCAGUAUUGAGGGAACAGAUGAGACUGAGCUGUGCCACGUCUGCUGUCAGGAGAGAAUGAAACCUGACACCUGCAGCAGCACGGGCUCUGAGAAGUGGGCCCGCUUCUUCAGCAAGAAGAUCACCACGCUGCAGCCAGGCUCCCCCUGCAACGACUUCAAGGGUUACUGCGACGUGUUCAUGAGGUGCCGGCUGGUGGACGCAGACGGCCCCCUGGCCAGGCUAAAGAAAGCCAUCUUCAACGCAGAGCUCUACGAGAACAUCGCGGAGUGGAUAGUGGCUCACUGGUGGGCAGUGUUGCUGAUGGGCAUUGCUCUCAUCAUGCUGAUGGCUGGUUUCAUCAAGAUCUGCAGUGUCCACACACCCAGCAGCAACCCCAAACUGCCCCCACCCAAGCCACUGCCAGGCACGUUGAAGAGGAGGAGACAGCAGCAAUCGAAUGGCCAGCAGCCCCAGCAGCAGCGUAACCAGCGCCAGCCCAGAGAGAACUAUCAGCUGGGUCAGAUGAGACGCUGAGACACUGGGCCCCUCUUUGCCUUGGUUCUUCCUAGUGCCUACAGUGGGAACACUUCACUCCAAAGAGUUACCUGUACCAUUCAUUGCAACCACCCAUCUGCAAAGCUAAAACUGUCAACAGAACUGAUUUCAAUAGACAAAACGUACAGUUCCAGGACCUAACGGACUAUAGCAACACCACUGCUCUGGGAGCCAGCCGAGCUGUCCUUCACACAGCUGUAAGCAGAAAAUAUUAUAGGAAAGCUCUUGGCAAUGACGGGAAGAGAAAAUGACUGAUUUCUUUUCUUUUCUUUUCUUCACUGGAGUGCAGGGGAGAGCAGCAGCAUUGUGGUAAUGCAGCCUUUCCUCUCCUCCUUUUUAGCCUCUUUCUUUCAUCUGUUUUUCCUUUCUGAGGUGCUGCCCUCCUGAGCAGGAAAACAGGACUGCAGGUCACAUGGGUUUUUGCUGCUAUGCAAAGCCAGGAUGUGAGACAUUGUCGCAGAAGAGACUAAUUUGCCAAUGUAAUUAUUAUUUUUUAAAUCAAAACAUGAUAAGAAAAAAUGCACAGGCUUUUAUUUCCAAAGCAUACAUGUUCUUUCUGCGUGCAAUUGUACAGAUAUUGAGAUUAUAGAUUUUUUUUCUUUGUAUUAUAUGAAAUCGAUUGUUUUCCUGCUGUCUGAUAAAGAUUAUUUACUGUUUUAAUUCACUCUCUCAGGAUUAAUAAAACAAAAAACAGCCCUGUCUGUCACAUUUAGAAGCUCAUGUGGGGUGGAUCAGAACAGACCUCUGUUAUCGGAACAUGUAGGGAAUGUAAACCUAAAGCUGAAUAAGAUUAAAGCAGUCCUCUGUCAGAGGACUGGAGGGUAUAGAGAGGCGACAGAGUUGUAGAGGCUGUUGUGAUAUCGUGGGAUAUCAUUGGGCUGGUGGAAGGUGUCAUAUUCAGACAGGUUUGCUUUUACAUGUUUCACUUCAUUAUGACAUAUUGUUCUCUUCAGCUAUUUUUUUCUGACUCAAUGCAUUGAUGUGAAUCACUGAACCGCUAAAUGCAGCAGAUGUACCUGUCUAUUGAUCAUUCCAUGUGAGAUUUUUUAUUUGGAUCUCUUUUAGUCUUCCAAGAGUCCUUAAACAUUAAAAUACAAUUUAUAAUACGAGAGAUGGGUAGGAUGGAGGAAGAAAGGAGAGAAUCUUCAAUGCUUUAGCAUACAAGGCUGUCCGAGGGCUGGCUGGUGCUACACCUCAUGACUAUGCCACUGAACAUGGUCACAUCGUAUCCUUCAAGUCACAGGGCCUUGGCCAGAGCCUGCGAACACAGGCCAGGGUCCAUAGGGGGCAAUAUUACAGAGGGCAUCACAGACAGUCACUGUACUGGUCUGGACAUGCUCUCACCUAGCUCGGCUGCCCUCACCAAUGUUGUUACCUUAAUAAAACGCACAGUCUUUAAGAGCUGACCUGGGAACAACGGAAUGCCCUGUUACAUACCAGUUUGAAGGCUGCUUGAGGAAUCUUUUACACUUAUGGCAUGCAUUAGGAAUGUGAUGAAUGGUUUGCCAGAUGAAGAUCCUGGAUGGCUUUAAUGUGAUUUUUUUUUUUUAUAUAUAUAUUUUUGUCUCUUAUUUUAGCAGUUCAGAUAUUUGUAUAUGGGGGAAUUGUAUCGAUAAAGUCCUACAAUGGCUUAAUGUCUGAGUGUCCAGCUAUGCCAAGCUGUUACAUAUGAACUGAGAUUGAUAAGGCUACCAAUUACCUGUAACUGUUCUCCCUUUGGCUAUCAUUUCCAUGUCGUGUCUCUCCUAUGAUGCAUAUCUGUGUUGCAUGUCCUGUCUCUCUCCCUAACCCCACAUCUCUAUUGGAAGUACGUAGCUCUGCUCUGGUGAUGAUCUCCACCAAAAUAAACCUAUAUGUCAUAAUCUGUGGUUUGUGUAAAGACAUCAUAAACAAUGUGUCUAAAUGGAGUUGAGUCUGAUUCUCCUGAGCCCAUUGCAACUCCACAGUCUGUCUGGAGGUCAGUGGGGUUUGUAAUGUAUUGUCGACUCAGAGCCACGGAGACCAGGACAAUCCCAGAAGGCAGGAUAUCCAAAGAGACUCUGUUUAUCAGCUUGGAGUGCUGAAGUCUCAGGAGGCUUGAGGAAACAGAUUGCAAAAGUGACACUGCUUGACUUCGGGUGUCUUUUAGAAGGUCAACUUGACUGACUGGGGAGAGGAGAGGACAUGGGAUAAAUGUACCGUCCUGUAUUUGUGUGGCAGGUGUUGAAAUUCUUUCAAAGCCUGUUACCAAGGUCUCUCAAAUAAGUUUCUCAGAAUGAACGUAGACUAGUACUCAAGGUCAGGAGGUAACCCUAAGUCCUUUUAUUUUUUAUGACUUUGUUUAUUCCAUUUAAAUGAUAUGUGGCUAUCUUGAUAUUUUAUGACUGAUUCUGGCCCAUUAUGCCUUAUCAGGUAGGUAGACCCGAAGAAGAGUGUCCUGGAGCUUAAUUAACGACAAGCAGGCCUCUUCACAUAUUAAUGCCUUGAUUGUUUCCUCCCAAAACUGGUCAUUAUCGAAUGAGGAAAAAUGGCUCUUCGUAUCUAUGUAGCCACAUACAAUGUCUACAAGAGAGCCUCUGAAAUGGAAACAAAACUGAUCCUCCCUUGAUUCUAACAUGUUUCUGUUUGGUGCCGGUGGGUAUGGGUUUGUGCUGGAUAGUAAAAUAUUGUUUCUCAUUACCUUUUGGCAUUUAGUAAGGCUCAUCGGAGGGUGGUCGUCUUAAAUCAUUCGUCUCAUUGUCUUUUUAUUCCUGCGGGAAGGUAAUAGUUGGGUGUAUAGGGGGCGGUGCCUGGGAUUUACAUUUCUGUCUUUUAAUUUGUCUUGCUAAAAGUAUUUUGAGAAAAGCGGGCUCUGAAAUGUAAGUGAUGUAAACCAAGAGAAUCCAGAAUGGAAAAGUCUAGUACUACUGUCUGAUUUUAAUGUCUGCUGUGUUUUAUACAGUAUCUUCAAUAUUCUUUAUGAUUUUCUUUUCUUGGCUCUGUUUCCUGUUCUGCUCACUUUGAAAAAUUUGACUAAAAUUGCUAAAAGUACUGUGCAAAUAUGUUUAUUAUUUUUUUGAACUACUUGAAAUGCUUUAAUAAAAAUAGACUUGAUCAACAAAA